ACCUGCGGCUGCGGCCCUUCUCAGCGGGGCUCCGUGCCCGUGCCGGCCCUCCCGCUCCCGCCCCUCGCGUCACUCCGGCCCGAGCCGUCGACCUAGGAGUACGUUCGCGCCGAGCCGCGCCGCGCGCGUAAACAUUCUCGAAUACAAUGAAAACAUUCUAACUCGUCUUCCAACAUGAAGUGCUUCGCGAUUCUCUUAGUGACUGUGGUGACCGGCGCCGCCUCCGAGGCGUCCGUGCGGACAUGUGAACCUAUCAAAGUGGCGAUGUGCAAGAAUAUAGGGUACAAUCAGACCGGCAUGCCGAACUUAGCGCGACACACGUUGCAGGCGGACGCCGAUGUGACACUCCAGACCUUCAGUCCGCUCGUGCAGUACGGCUGUUCCUCGCAGCUUCACCUGUUCCUGUGUGCGGUAUACGUGCCGAUGUGUACGGACAAAGUCGCGCUUCCCAUCGGCCCGUGCCGAGGGCUCUGCGAGAGCGUCUACUCCCGCUGCUACCCCGUGCUGAGAGGGUUCGGCUUCCCUUGGCCGGCCGAGCUGGACUGCAGCCUGUUCCCCGCCGAGAAUAAUCACGAGCACAUGUGCAUGGAGGGUCCCGGGGAGCGCGCGCCGCCCGUCGGUGUCAUCCCCGACUCCGGGUUGGGCAGUCCGACCGGGCGCGGCGCGUGCCGCCGGCUGAUCAAGCCGAACAGCUGGGUGUGGGUGCGCGGGUCCGGGCGCUGUGCUCAGUUCUGCGACGCCGAAGUGUUGUGGGAGAACGGCGAGCGACGGGCGGCCGAGGUGUGGCUGGCGACUUGGGCGGCGCUGAGCUUCGCUUGCACGCUGGCGGCCGUGGGCGCCCAGCUGGCGUGCGGCGAGCGCGGCGGCGCCGGCGAGCGGGCGCUGGUGCUGGUGGCGCUGUGCCGGUGCGCGGCCGCGGCGGGCUGGGGCGUGCGGGCGGCUGCCGGGCGCGCGGCCGCGGGCUGCGCCAAGGACUCGACGUCGCCAGCGCGCCUGCUGCUGGCGCACGACGGGCUCGCCAACCCCAACUGCGCAGUCGUCUUCCUCCUGCUCUACUACUUCGGUCUUGCUGCAUCUGUUUGGUGGGUAGUGGUAGCCGGCGCGUGGCGCGCAAGCGUGCUGCGCCCGCCGACCGGCACGGGCCGCGGCGACCACUCGUCGCUGCUGCAACUGGCGGCGUGGGGCGUGCCCGCGGCCCUGGCCGCCGCCGUGCUCGUCACCAGGGACGUCGACGCUGAUGAACUCACUGGUACUUGUUUCGUUGGGAACCAGUCGAGUAAAUCGCUAUUGGCGCUGGUGAUCAUCCCGGAGGCGAUCUGCCUGCUUCUGGGAUGCGUUUUUCUGUCGUCGGGACUUCGUGCGGUGCUGCGACGACCGGCGCCGGUGCCCGCUCCAUCUGCUCUGCUGAAUGCGCCUCCUCAGCCGCAUACGGACCAGAGUGUGUUAAGACUUGGAGCGUUCGCAGCGCUAUACGCAGUGCCAUCGGCUUGUAUACUCGCUACAUGGGUGUACGAGUACGCAUGGAGGGACGAGUGGCUCUCCACGCCGAUGCCGUCUUCGGAGCCGUCGACGCACGCGCGGCCGGCGUUCUGGGUGUUUCUGUUCCGUAUUUUCGCGACGCAGAUACUAGGGGUGAUGGUUGCGGUGUGGAUAGCGACCCCGCGGCUGAAGGCGCUGUGGCGGCGGCUUAGCGGGCCGCAGAAGCCGGCGGCGAGCAAGUGCCCGCCGGGGCCGCCGCCGACGCCGAUGACGCUGCACUGCUACGCGGCGCACGCACACACGCUGCCGCGGCACACGCACAAGUAUGCCACGUAUCGCCCGCCGCAGCAGCACUCCUACAGGAAACCGCGGCACUACCACUACUCGGCGGGUGAAACGAUUCUUUGACCGCGGAAAUGUGAACGAUUUUGGACGUUACUUGUUAUUAAGGGUGCCUUUCGUAUGCAUUUACUGUUAUAAGUGUAGAUAGAUAGAUACGAGGAAUAAAGUACCUAUAGGUUAAUAUGUACCUAGGUAAGCGAUAGGUCUGUAAAAUUCAUAAGUGCCAUUGAAGCUUAAUCUUAAUGCAUAAUAUUUAUAAUUAAAAAAUAAUAUAAAUAAGGUCAACAAACAUCAGUACUAA